UCUCUGUGCCGCGCUGGUGCCAGUGACGCUGCGAACGAGUCUCGGCUGCCAAGGCUCUCGUGACACGCCCGGGCUUCGCAUAUCGGACUUACCCUUACCUUAUCGGGCGAGCGAACGCAAAAUGACGCGCAUUGUCAUUAACCUGACACAGGUCUUGGUAGCAGUGGCAGUCGCUGGGACUUCCUUGUGCAACAUUAUUGUUACCAGACACGACAGGACGGUCCCGUAUCCUCACAGGGCCAUCGAGGCCACGAAGACCCCCAGUCAUGAAGCCACUAUCACAACGACGCUGCCACCGGCGCCCUAUGUACGAGAGAGCUGCUCAAGUCCUUACAUGAGAAUCGCCCGCCAGUGCCUUUCCAUCCGGCAGAUAGUCAAUGCAACAUGGGAGGGCGCUCGAGAUUUCUGCCGCGCUCUGGAUGGUGACUUGGUUGUCGCUGCCUCCUUCCAAGAUCUUCUGCUCGGCUAUGUGAAUGCAUACUCAAGCUUCUCGAAGAUGUUCCGCUCCUCCAUGUGGAUCGGCGCCCGCAGGCCGGACGCGCACUCGAGCUUCCGUUGGCUGGACGGCUCGGACCUGCCCCCCCUGACCUCGCCCCUGUGGGACUACCAGGACAACGACGACUACAACUGCGUUUAUCUGGGGCUUCACCUCAACAAAACCUACAUGUACAGGAACGGCGAUUGUAAAGACAUGCAUCGGAUGACAUGCCAAUGUCUCGCAUGCUAAAGGAAUCCUCUGUGUAGCAUAUUUGAUUAUAUAUAUAUCAUCAUCAUGUUUGAA